ACGUGAUGACGCCAUGAGUCACAUGACGUUUUUAUCAGAUGCAGCAACAAAUCCAAAACCCUGCAGCUUUCUCUCCUGAUUCUGCUCAGUACAACUAAACUCUUCCUAUCUACACUCGAUGUACUGUAGAAAGUGAAACAGGUGAUAAAAACCAGUCUGGGUGAAACAGGGUCUUUGCAAAUGGAGGAAGAGGGGAUGGGAGAUGAAGGACCUUCAUCUCAGAGUGAACUUCCACAAAGUGAUGAUCAAGAGCUGGCACAACAGGAAUCAGAUCCCAUUGAGAGCUCAUCCCCUGAAGAAAAUGUGUAUGUGGAUGAGAAAGCAGUGGACAAACUCACAGAGGGAUUACUCUCUCACUACCUACCUGAUCUGCAGAACUCUAAACGAGCACUUCAGGAGCUCACACAAAAUCAGGUGGUAUUAUUAGACACACUGGACCAAGAAGUCACAAAAUUUAGAGAAUGUAAUGCUCUACUGGACCUCAAUUCACUGUUUACAGAGGCAAAGGUUUACCACAAUAAACUUGUGAACAUCAGGAAAGAAAUGAUUAUGCUCCACGAAAAGACAACGAAGCUAAAGAAAAGAGCACUGAAGCUGCAGCAGCAGAAGCAGAAGGAAGCGCUGGAGAAGGAGCAGCAGCGUGAGAAGGAGCUGGAGAGAGAGAGGCAGCUUAUAGCCAAACCUGCUAAAAGAACGUAGGAGCCCUGAGUACGCCAGCUGUAUUAACGGAUCGUACAGGUGGUUUGCACGUUUUAGCCGCUUCACAGUUUUUACUGUACAUUACAUCACUGCUGACUAUUUUCCAAAGUGUACAUAAUUUCAUGUUUUAUGAUAAUUUGGGGUGUUUUUCCCUUUAUUUGGCAAGUAAGUAGAGAAUCAGACUAGCAUAGUGAGAAAGGAGGGACAGGAAAUAUGACACAACUCAGAUUUCAGAUAAAGAAAGAUUAGUUUCACGGUAAAGAAGUUGACGGUGCUAAUUAAAUGUGUCAGUUUCACUGUGAAUAACUGCACAUAAACACAGUGUGUUGUCUCAGCAGGUUUUUAAACUGUUUUUUAAAUGGAGUUGUGAUGUUCUAACUUGCAGCAUAGUGGUGGCUGAAAUCCCUUCUAACAGUAAGUGUGAAUGUCCUGCAGCCAAAUAUGCUUUAAGAAAUUAGAAAAUGUUUCUGGCACAGAACUGAGAUUAUCUUUAAACAUGUGUUUGCUUCCAGAAGUAUUACAGAAAGACUGCACGCAGUAAUCCUGCUUUUGUUUAUAGAACAUUCAGUGGCCUCUGGGAUAUGGGUAGUUAAAGUCUUUUUACAUGUCCAUCUGUUUGCCUGGACUGCAGUAGGGAGUAAAGAAUGUUUGGAUUAAAAUGCCAAUCAGAUAUCUUUCAGACUGUAGUAUGCUUUGGAAAAUGUUGUGCUUACUAGGCAGUAUAUGUGAUCUUCAGUAAAUGGGCUAGAACUUGGAAAUCCCUGUUAUGAUCCUUUAAAUGUGACAUUGCCAAGAUCACCACAAACCAAAGACAUGGACUAAAUCAUCAAAUGCUGGUACUUUCCACUGUCAACCUGUGAUGACAAAGUCAAGCGCUUUCCCACAAACGGGGAAAAAAAAACCCUCAGACACUUUCACAGCCAACAGACAAUGACCUGACGGAGAACUCUUUGCUUUGUUUUAUUCAUCAUUAAGUGUUAAUGUAUGUUGUUUCUGCCCUGUUAGUGUUGAAUGCUAUAAAACAGGUAUAAUGCUUAAAAUCAGAUAGGUCUGCACUAAACUUAACCAACUGUGUGUCUGGUGUCCAGAUGAAAUGAGAAAGGAUGCACCAGAUUUUGCCCCCACCAAACGCAGCAUUUAAAGAUUUGUUAAAGAGGCCUCUAUGCACUACUUCCUCCUGAACCCCUCUGCUGUUUGUACAGUUCAUAAAUAAAAGCAAAGCAAACUGCUUUGCAGAAAUGUG